UGUUUUUGUCCACCAUGUAAUUAUAUGACCAAAGCGAAUAGCUAUAAAGCGAUGGAUCAGCACUAACUGGUGACUAUUGUCACACCAAUGUUAUAACCAAAUUGUUUACAUUCAUUUUUGUAAUAAUGGAAAAAGAAAGAUUCACGAUGCUCCUCUUAGAACCAGGGGAAAUAUUUUUUGAAGAUUAUAGCGUUCAAAUGAAAACGCUUGAUAGUUCCAGUUCAGAAGGAGAAAAGUGGAUAGAUGGAAGAUUAAAAUUAUGUUCAAAAUCCUUAGUAUUUGUAAAUAAGGAUAUUAAUCAGCCUUUAAUUAAAAUUCAACUUAAAGAAACUAUAGGUAUUGAACAAUGUAAAUCUAACAGUGUCAUCGCAAAAUAUGGCAAUACAUUAUUGGUCCAGUGUAAGCAAUAUGUGGAAAUGUUGGAAAAGAAUAUUCCUGCACCAUAUAAAUUUAUACAUGAAAAUGCUACUUUUUAUUUCUACUUUAAUUAUGCAAAAGUAGAUGAUUGCCUUCCACAAAUGCUACAACUGAUCAGAGCAACCACCUUACCAACUGCAGAACAAAAUGCCAUGAUUAUGGCUAUUGUACAUUCUCGACAAUCUAGGGUAUCAUUUGAUACAUCAUGGUUGGAAGAUCUUUAUGAGCAAGUAGUAUUAGAAAUUCAAGCAAAUAAAGUAUUACCUCUUGUUAUAAAUCCAGGAAGAAUACUUUUGACAACUUCAAGAAUUUAUUUUCAACCUUAUAAUAAUUUGGAUCAACAUCCAGUUCUGAAGAUACAACUAAAGGACAUUAAUAACAUUAUUAAGAGAAGGUUUCUUUUAAGACAAAUUGGGCUUGAAAUUAAGUGGUUAAAACAACCAGAAAAUAAAGUUGAACAUCUAUUUAUAUCCCUGAAAAGUCCAAAUGAUAGAGAUGUAUUAUAUACAAGUUUAUUAAAUCAAUCUGCAGUUUCUUUAGAAAGAGUUCCCCAAGAUCAAAUGACUAUGAGAUGGCAAAACGGAUCUUUGUCAAAUUACGAUUAUCUAUUAUAUAUUAAUAGUUUGGCAGAUAGAACAUUUCAUGAUUUAACUCAGUAUCCAGUUAUGCCUUGGGUGAUACAAGAUUAUGUCUCUUGUACAUUAGAUUUAAGUGACACUAGUAUUUAUAGAGAUCUUUCAAAACCUAUUGGAGCACUCGAAGAAAAUCGAUUAGAAAGGUUGAAGGAACGGUAUUUGGAAAUGUCGGAACCGAAAUUUUUGUAUGGCUCUCAUUAUAGCGCACCAGGAUUCGUAUUAUUUUAUUUAGUACGAAAAUAUCCUCAGUACAUGCUUUGUUUACAAAAUGGAAGAUUUGAUCAUCCAGAUAGAAUGUUCAAUAGUGUAGCUGACGUAUGGAAAAAUGUUUUGGUGAACAUGUCUGACUUUAAAGAAUUGAUCCCGGAAUUUUAUGACACAAACAAUGGUGGGGAUUUUUUAGUGAACAGUUACGGUAUCGACUUUGGUUACCGUCACGAUGGCACAAAGAUAGGAGACGUACAGUUACCACCAUGGGCAAAUGGCCCAGCUCACUUUAUACAAGUAUUAAGAAAUGCUUUGGAAAGUGAUUAUGUCUCUCAAAAUCUUCAUUGUUGGAUCGAUCUAAUUUUUGGAUACAAACAAAGAGGAAUUGAAGCAGAGAAGGCCAAUAAUGUAUUUUUUCAUUUAUGCUACGAAGGAGCAGUAGAUUUAGAUACUAUUCGAGAUGUCAAUGAUAGACAUGGAUUAGAAAUACAGAUUAUGGAAUUUGGUCAAAUACCAAAGCAAGUUUUUACUUUACCACAUCCUAAACGUUCCGUUUCGAUACUGGAUAAAUUUCAUGCUGAAACUGUCUUAACUUCGAUUAAAAACGAAACAGAAAAUGAAAAUCUCAUAACAAAGACAUUUGAAUUAUGUGAAUUAAUGACCUUCCAAUCUCACAAAGAUAGCAUAAAUAGCAUUGCAGUUAUAAUUAAGGAAGAAAUCGAUGAAGUGAUAUCGGUUGGACAAGAUGGAAUGCUUAAAUUGUAUAGUAUAAAAAAUAAAAAAUUGAGGCGUAGCGUAUCUUUAUCGUCGUUACCACUUUCUUCUUGUGUAUCAUAUUACACAUCUCUUCAUCGCAAUGUACUAGUUGCUGGUUCUUGGGACAAUUCGUUAAUAUUUUAUGAUAUUGAAUUUGGUAGAGUAAUAGACAUAUUACCAGGACACGACGAUGCUAUUUCUUGUUUAGCAUUGAGUCCUUCCCGUCAAAUUAUUAUAUCUGGUUCAUGGGAUUGUACAGUAAAACUGUGGCAAAGUUAUAUUUCGGGAACAAAAAUUAAGCCAGCAAAAUGUCUAAUUGCACAAUUAGACCAUGAUUCUAAAGUAACUUGUAUUAACAUAUCAAGAGAUGAAACGUUACUAGUAUCUGGUACAGACGAUGGCGAAAUUUUUUUGUGGAAUAUGGACACAUAUAACUUACAGUUAACUGUAAAAGCCCAUACUUGUAAAAUAAACGCGAUGGUGUUCGAUCAAGAGGGAAAAAGUAUAAUAUCAUGUGCACAGGACAAAGCGUUGAACAUAAUUGACGUUUGUACAAGUACACGGAUUUAUCAUACAACCUUAGAACACGAACUUCUAACAUUAUCAUGGUUUGAAACUUUGCUACUGAUAGGAGAUAACAAUGGAAAUAUUAAUGUAUGGAACCAGCAAGGUGGAAUUUUUAUUGCAAAAAUACGCUGUCAUGAUGGACCAAUUAAUGCGUUAUUAGUAUCAACUGAAAAUAAUAUAAUUGUAACCGGUGGAAAGGAUAAAAAGAUAAUUAUAUGGAACUGCAAAAAAACAUAAUUCUUCUUAUAAUACUUAUACUGUGACUCGAACAUUUGUUUGAUUAUAAGCUAAAUUGUAUAAGUAUAACUUUUAACUUAAGAAGUAAAUAUAAUAUAGCAAAUUGAUUAUAUUAAAAUAAUUGUAGUGUAUUCAAU